GAGCCGUGCAGGCUAGCCUGGCAAUUUAGCCCUGAGUGAGGCUGUGAAAUCGGAGGAGAGGUUCUCGCUGCUGCUCCUGGGGAUUGCUGCUGUUGGGGGGAGAAGCGGACUUGGAGGUGGGCAUGCAUGCGUGAGACGAUGCGGAGGGCAGCUGGCUGACUGAGGUGCCUGGCCACGGGGAAACACUGCAAGGAGAGAGGGGCAGUGCAAAGAAGAGGCGAGAGGACUGAAGUGCAGAGCAGCUGUUUCCUAAUACUCUGUCUCUUUUGGGUGCCUCAGUGAAUGUGAACAUGGAUUCUGCCACUGAAAUCUUCCUGAAGCUGCUGGCUCUCGUAGCUGUUCAUAACUGGAACACGCUAGUGGCAGGCAAUAAAUAUAAUUGUGAUGAUCAGCUGGUGUCUGCUUUGCCUCAGUCAUCGUUCAGCAGUUCAUCAGAGCUGUCUAGCAGUCACAGCCCUGGAUUUGCAAGGCUUAAUCGAAGAGACGGUGCUGGUGGUUGGUCUCCACUUGUGUCCAAUAAAUAUCAGUGGCUUCAGAUUGAUCUUGGUGAACGAACGGAGAUUACCGCCGUUGCUACUCAAGGUGGAUAUGGGAGUUCCGACUGGGUAACAAGCUAUCUGCUGAUGUUCAGUGACAGUGGACGAAACUGGAAGCAGUAUCGUCAGGAAGAAAGCAUUUGGGCCUUUUCUGGAAAUACAAAUGCAGACAGUGUUGUAUACUAUAAGCUUCAGCAUUCCAUUAAAGCAAGAUUUCUCCGUUUUGUGCCUUUGGACUGGAAUCCCAAUGGUAGAAUUGGAAUGCGCAUUGAAGUCUAUGGAUGCACGUACAGGUCCGAGGUGGUUGGUUUUGAUGGGAAAAGUUGUCUAAUUUACACAUUUAAUCAAAAACUCAUGAGUGCACUGAAAGAUGUGAUUUCUCUGAAGUUUAAGACAAUGCAAAGUGAUGGAAUUCUCCUCCACAGAGAAGGACAAAAUGGAGACCACAUAACACUGGAAUUAAUUAAAGGGAAGCUGUCCUUACUCAUUAAUUUAGGUGAUGCUAAAAUUCACUCUUCUAAUGCCCAAAUUAAUAUUACCCUGGGCAGCCUUUUGGAUGAUCAACAUUGGCAUUCUGUCCUCAUUGAGCAUUUUAACAAUCAAGUAAACUUUACAGUGGAUAAACAUACUCAUCAUUUUGAUGCAAAAGGAGAAUUCAGUUAUUUGGACCUUGAUUAUGAGCUCAGCUUUGGAGGGAUCCCAGUGCCUGGAAAAUCAGGGACAUUGUCACGCAAGAACUUUCAUGGGUGUUUUGAAAAUGUUUAUUUUAAUGGAGUGAACAUUAUUGACCUGGCCAAGAGGCAUAAAUCUCAGAUCUACUUUGUGGGCAACAUGUCCUUCUCAUGUUUAGAGCCACCAGUGGUUCCUGUUACAUUUCUGAGCUCCAGUAGUUACCUGGCAUUGCCUGGCACUCCAGGGCAAGAGGAAGUAUCCAUCAGUUUCCAGUUUCGCACCUGGAACAAAGAGGGACUUCUGUUAUCUACUAAACUACACCAGGCUUCAGGUGGUCUUCUCCUAUAUCUGAGUGAUGGGAAAGUUAAAAUGAGUCUUUAUAAACCAGGAAAAGCACUGAGUGACAUCACUGCAGGUGCUGUAUUAAAUAAUGGCCAAUGGCAUUCUGUUUCCUUCUCUGCAAAAAAGAAUCGUAUCAGUGUAAUAGUGGACAAUGAUGUGACCUUGUCUGCUCAUGCCUCCAUACAUCUGCAAAUUUACUCAGGAGAUACUUUCUACUUUGGAGGCUGCCCUAAUGGUGGAAACAAUACUGAAUGUAACAGUUCAUUCGGUGGUUUUCAAGGAUGUAUGCGACUCAUUUCUAUUGGCAACAAAGCUGUGGAUAUGAUCUCAGUUCAGCAAAACGUUUUUGGCAAUUUCAGUGACCUGCAGAUAGACUUAUGUGGCAUCAUAGACAGGUGUUUGCCUAAUUACUGUGAACACGGUGGUGAGUGCUCACAGUCCUGGAACAGCUUCUACUGCAGCUGUACCAAUACUGGUUACAAAGGAGCUACUUGUCAUUAUUCCAUCUAUGAGCAAUCAUGUGAAGCCUAUAAGCACAGAGGAAACACUUCAGGCUUUUACAAUAUUGAUUCAGAUGGAAGUGGCCCCUUGGGACCGUUUCUUGUAUACUGUAAUAUGACAGAUACAACGUGGACAAUCAUACAGCACAACAACACCAACUUAACCAGAGUCAAAACUGCUAAUCGAGAGAACCCCCACACUGUGUUUUUCAAGUACUCUGCCAGCCUCGACCAGCUUCAGGCUACAAUUAACCAUGCAGAACACUGUGAACAGGAGCUCGCUUACCACUGCAAAAAGUCGAGGCUUCUCGAUAAACAGGAUGGGGUGCCAUUGAGCUGGUGGAUUGGAAGAACCAACGAAACACAGACCUACUGGGGAGGUUCCCUGCCUGCCGUUCAAAAAUGCACUUGUGGAUUAGAGGGGAGCUGCAUUGAUUCCCAACAUUACUGCAACUGUGAUGCUGACAGAGACGAAUGGAGUAAUGAUACUGGAUUCCUCUCCUACAAGGACCAUCUACCAGUAACUGAAAUUGUGAUCACAGAUACUGACAGACCAAACUCUGAAGCAGCUUACAAGCUUGGGCCUUUGCUUUGCCGGGGUGAUAGAGCAUUUUGGAAUUCAGCUUCCUUCAACACCGAGACGUCCUAUCUUCAUUUCCCUACCUUCCAUGGGGAGCUCAGUGCAGAUGUGUCCUUUUUCUUUAAGACUACUGCUUCCUCAGGAGUGUUUUUAGAAAAUCUAGGAAUUCAAGACUUCAUAAGAAUAGAGUUAUACUCUCCAUCUGAAGUGAUUUUUUCAUUUGAUGUUGGAAAUGGACCUAGUGAAGUUAUAGUGCAAUCACUCACUUCCUUAAAUGACAACCAGUGGCAUUAUGUGAAGGCUGAACGAAACAUCAAGGAGGCGUCCUUACAAGUCGAUCAGCUUCCUCAAAAGUCUCAAGCUGCUCCACCUGAUGGGCAUAUUCGCUUGCAACUCAACAGCCAGCUUUUUGUAGGUGGGACAGCAUCCAGGCAGAAAGGAUUUUUGGGAUGCAUUCGUUCUUUACACUUAAAUGGAAUAGCCCUUGACCUGGAAGAGAGAGCGAAGAUAACGCCAGGCGUUGAACCAGGCUGUCCCGGACAUUGUAGCAGCUAUGGUAACCUGUGUCACAAUGGAGGAAAAUGUAGAGAGAAAUACAGUGGAUUCUCUUGUGACUGCACUUUCUCUGCUUACGCAGGGCCAUUCUGUAAGAAAGAGAUCUCUGCCUAUUUUGGGACUGGCACUUCUGUGACAUACAAUUUUCAAGAAUACUACACCUUAGCUAAAAAUUCCAGUUCUCAUGCUUCUUCUUUCUAUGCUGACAUGACACUGAACAGGGAGGCAAUUACAUUUACCUUCCGAACGACACGGACACCAAGCUUGCUGCUUUAUGUCAGCUCCUUCUACAAGGAAUAUCUCUCGGUCAUUCUCACCAAAAACGGAAGUUUACAGAUCAGGUAUAAGCUAGAUAGCCAUCAAGAUCCUGAUGUCUUCAGCAUCAAUUUCAAAAGCCUGGCUGAUGGGCAGCUGCAACAUGUGAAGAUCAACAGAGAAGAAGAAGUGCUCUUUGUAGAGGUUAACCACAAUGAAAGAAUGAAAUUUAUUCUGUCUUCAGGCACAGAAUUCAAUGCAAUCAAGUCCCUCACACUUGGCAAGAUUUUAGAAAACAGCGAUGCAGAUGAGGAGACUAUGAAGGCAAACUCUCAGGGGUUUACUGGAUGUCUCUCUUCAGUGCAGUUCAACCACAUCGCUCCUUUGAAGGCUGCACUGCACCACGGCAGCUCAGCCCCCAUCGUUGUAAAGGGACACUUCACUGAAUCCAGCUGUGGCACUUUAACUGGAGCUGACUCAACAUCAAGCGAAACAACCCAUUCAUUUGCAGAUCAUUCUGGACCAAUAGAUGAGGGAGAGCCCUUAGCUAAUGCAAUCAGAAGUGACUCUGCAAUUAUUGGAGGUGUGAUAGCAGUCGUGAUAUUCAUCCUACUUUGCAUCACUGCCAUAGCCAUACGCAUUUAUAAAAAAACAAGCAUAUAUUCAAAAAAUGAAGCAAAAGGAUCUGAAAAUGAAGACAGCGCUGAGUCCGCGCUGAAAAGUGAGCUCAGCAUGCAAAACACAGCCAAUGAAAAUCAAAAGGAAUACUUCUUCUGAUUGGCAUUUGUGAUUUAAUUUAAUAUAAUAAUGUGACAGUCUGACUUUCUUGCCAAGCCAGGGGCUCUCAAUGGACAGAAAAAGCUCUUGCACUCUACAGUGAAUGCAAUGGAUUUGAGACCUAUUAUAUUGCAUAUGUUCAGUCUCAGUGAUUGCUAUAGGAGGCCUCUUUAAUUUACAUGCAUUCCUUAGCUAUUAUACUAUAAAUGCAUUUUAUGUAACAGUGAAUUAGAUAUUGUAACCAAUUUCAUUGGUGGUAGUUUCCGACUGUUCUGAUGUGACCUUCUGCAAUUGAAGUUUAACGUACAUACUGAAUAUGGUUUUGAAUGGGAAAAUUGUUAUGAAGCUAUUCCCAUCCUUCUCUUUAAAAUUUGAUUCUGGAAUUUCGUUCAAGGUGAAAGAUGGAUUUCUAAUAGUUUAUGUUACUAAAGAAAUUCUGCUGUGUUGCUUUAUAGUGAUCCCUUUUACUUCUGAAACUGAAAAUGCCUUUUGAACUGCUGUUGGCUUGUGUCAGCAUCUGCUUGUGAGCCAUGAAGUCAGGUGUCCAAAACAAACUGUACUUUUUUCCCCCGGGGUAUGACCAACAUCCUUAUUCUCUCUUCUCUUUGGCAAGUCUAGCAGGGCUUACAACUGAAGGGUGUACAGUGUGUUGAUAUGCUGUGAAGUCUCUUUUGUAGUAGGUUUUCAUUCAUGGUUAAGCGGUGGCCUCAAGUUCGACCCAUACAUAUUCUAAGCAUUUUAAAUAAAAUGAGCACCACAGAAGACAAGCAUUUCACUUGGAAAGAUGAAGUAAAAUAUUAAUAAUAGUUAAAUUAUCAAGAGCAACAGCACCAAAAAGAUAAUCAAAGAUAUUUAUCCUAGUAAAUCUGAAGAAUUAGAAAUUGCUUCCUCUGUGAGGCAGUAAUGUUUCCUUUGUACACAGGCUGGGAUGCAAUCUCUGAAAACGUUGCAUCUCUGAUCUGCUCCAGACCUCAAGAUUAAGUGUUCAACUCUAUAGAAAUAGUUCCUGAUUGCUACGAUAAUAAAAAAUAGAGCAUUUAGAAUCUAGUACAGUGGCUGAUACUUUAAUAGUUUGGCUCUUCACCCAUAAUAGUAUCUACUAUACCUCAGUGAGAGAAUGUCUGAGUGUAAGUACCCUUCAAAAUUAAACAGAUAUUUAGUAUCUUAAAAGUGUAAAUAAAAGCUAUCUAUGAUUUUGUAUAAAUGAAUUAUGGGACAUGCAGGGUAGGAUUAAGUUGUCUAAGCAGAAUGUCACUUUAGAUACCAUAGGGGAUCUGAAAUAUGUUUGGCCUGGUGGGCAUGUCACAAGAUCUACAGAAGAUAUGUGUCCUUUGGAAGAGGCAUCUGGAAGUCAGGUAGGAUGAAGGCAUCUAAAAUGGCACUAGAUACCUGUAUUCAGGUAACUGGUUCCCACCCAAAGGGUUUUGUUUGUGAUUUUUUUCAAAGAGAAGACUGUGUGCCUAGAACUUGGAUCUAGGGAAGGAUUCAGGACUUCUGUGUCCCUGUGGAUUUGAAAGAUUUAAAUUUCAAAAUAUUUUAGAACUGAUUUAUGUCUGCUCCCAUUGAAAGCAAUGAUAACACUCCUUUUCUUUCAGUGGGGAGGAACAGAACUAGACCCUGUACUGUGAACUUUAGAAAAUAUUUACCGUAGAUACUUGAGAACAUUAUAAAGGCCCGUAAACCUGAGAUGAUGUGCCAAAGUCUUGAAUGUUUAGAUUACUUUACAUAAAUUAUAGUUGUAAAUAAAUGUCAAGCUGAGAUAUCUUUGAUAAUAUCAUCUUUUAAAGUUGGUUUUCUUCCAUCAAUUUACAGCUUUUGUUUUCAGGAUCUUACAGUUCCUUUUCUGUUUCCUCCUGUGCAGCUUUACUUCAUUUUUAGGAAAAAAAUCUUUCCCUUUUUGAUGACUUCGGUUGCCUCUGCAACCAAAAAUUAUACAGAUGCACAGACUUUUUGUUCUACUCAUUUUUGUAGUUCUGGGUGCAUCGGUAGUAGUAGACUAAUCAGACCCAGGUCCCAGGCUGAAGAAGUACAUUUGUAUGUGUUACUAUAUUCCCUGGUACAGUUUGGUCCUGGACAGCUAGCUCACUUAUAGAAAGGUGGCACCAGAACACAGGGGGAGGAUGCUGGACUGUUUCCAAAAGGUUAUGUGCAUGAGGAAACCCCAUUUUAUGGAUGGGGAGAGGAGGAGAUGAAAAAAAAGUGUGCCUGAGUCAGGUCAGCAAGCGUACCCACUCUUUAGCUUACUACUUUAGACACUCUCAGUCUAGUCAGUUACUCUAAAGUGACAAUUAUGUUCCUUCCUCUUCAAGGGUUUGAUCUAAAUUGCACUGCAUUUGAGAGGAGUCCUUCCAUGGGCUUCCCUGAAACUUAGUCCUCUAAGUCUCGAGUCCUUCCCUUCCCACAGUAGAUGUACCAGUGUCCACCCUCUUGCAUCACUUGUAACAACUCUUUUGACACUGACUCACUGUCAGAGUCCCAGUUAGCUCCAUUUUAUUCAGUGCAGGAGAUAGUAAUUGUGGGAGAAAAUUUAUAUGAUGGUGGUAAUUAUAAUACAUUAGACACGUCACCAAAACAAUUUAAUUAAUUAUAAAAGAGAGAGUUUUCGUCUGUGAGCUAUACUAACCUAAUAAAACCCAAAGCAUGUGCACACCAGGACAAGUUGGAAGCACGUCAGUCUAACUUUCCAGUCAUUUUUUGUUUUUUCUUCCACUUCUUAGUUAACUUUACAUUGUGUAUCUCAGCAGAGAGAGAGGUUUCUUCCUUCACUUUGUUUUCUUCCAAAUGAACGAUUGCUUUCUUUCACUGUUCUAUAGGUCUUUCUUAAGGGCAAGAUGGAAGGCAAUAGCUGAGUAAAACCCCAAUUUCACAGACUAGUUAAAAGGGGGUGGGGAAAAAUGCCUGUGUGAAUGACACACCAUUUCAUUCAAAGAUCUUUUUAUGGCACUUUAUUAUGUGAAGGAUUCUAAGGGGGAAAACAGGUAGAUUUGGUGGAAUAGACAUCUAUCUGCAGAUUUGUAGCAUACAGUGAUGAUGUCUCUCAGAAGAAGGGAAUGCCCGCUUUCCUCCGUGGAAAGAGUGAUCAUGUAUUCGCUACCUGGGUCCAGAAUAUACAGGUUCAUAGUCAGCGAAGCAGUGUUUUCCAUCGCUUGCUGCGUUUCUGUGGGUUCAACAAAAUGGUGGCACCAAAGUGCGCCGAGACGUCGAACACCAUUGUGCUGUCCCUUCUUUCCAACGUGUGACCUUCCACCUCUCUGUUAAUAAAAGAAACACUUUUUACAGUAAAGUGAGGAAAAUAUUUUUUAAAAAAUUUGUAUACAAAAGUUUAAAACUGAGGACAAUAUACUGAUUCUUUUUUUUUAAACAGUAAAGAAAUGUAGACGUGCAUAUAA